UUUUAGCAAUGGCCACUUACGUCCACUCUACAGCUGAUCUACCUCAGAUGCGCAUUUUUUUCCACACUCUCACAACCUCUUCUUAAAAAAAGCUUGAAUCUUAAGGCAUCUCAGGAUGACAAGUGAGUUAUUUGAGGUGUUCCGGGUAGAAGACAUCACUUAAUUUCAUCUCUAUAUGUCGGGAAAGUUGUAUAAUUGAGGGAAAUAAUCAAAUAGCUUUGCUUUUUGCAAAACUAAGUUUGGAAAUAAAUUUAGAGAUUGGGCAUUAACACUUCUUGGACGUGGGGCUUGAUGGACGAUACUCGGGAGGAUGAUAGGUACCCGUCCAAUCCUUAUGGCAUAAAUGACCAAGAGUUUCCCAUUCGGAAUGCCACUUAUGUUGGGAAUGUUGGUAAUGAGUAUGUUGAGGAUGAAGAUAAUGAUGAUGAUAACGAAGAUAUGGAAUAUGAAGACGAUGAUGAUGAUGAUGGUGGAGGGUCUAGUGUUCAGAGGAUUAAAGAUGAUUAUGCUGAUGAUGAUGUUGAUGAUGACGAUGAAGAUGAGGAUGAGGAUGAGGAUGAGGAUGAUUAUGGUAAUUUACAGAGGCACCCGAAAAAGAGAAAACUGAAAAGCUUGUUGUCGAGUUAUGAGUUUGCACCACGAGUACCAGCACCAUCAUCUGCAACUCCUGCGGUGCCAAAGCCAUCAUAUGGUGGACGGAAUCCGCAUACAGAUUGGACUGAGAGUGAGACUGUUAUCUUACUGGAUGCUUGGGGUGAUCGGUUUCUUAAGCAUGGGAGGAAGAGCCUUCGGUCUGAAGAGUGGCAAGAGGUUUCUAAGAAGGUCUCCCAGGAGUCAAAAAUUGAGAGAACAGAUACUCAGUGUCGGAACCGUUUAGAUACAUUGAAGAAAAAAUACAAGAAAGAGAAGAUGAAGUUGGGAGAAUCUUGGGGUUCCACUAGUAAAUGGGUGUAUUUCAAGAAGAUGGAUAUGUUGCUGUCAUCAGGCCCACAGCAAGCUGGCCUAUCAUGUGGAGUGGACUCAGGGGAGUAUACGUUCAUGAACCCUAAAGUUUAUCUGAAUAGCUCCAAUGGAAUGGAUGAGAUGAGAGAUAGCCCAGGGAAUUCGGAAUCCACCAAAGGUGAGGAAGGUGUUCCGGAGGGUCUCCCUCCUAAGAAAACGAGGAAUGAAAUGGGUAAUGGAGCUUCUCUUAAAUUGCUUGCUGAUUCCAUCCAGAAAUUUAGCGACAUAUAUGAGAAGAUCGAGAACAGUAAGAGACAACAAAUGCUGGAACUGGAGAAAAUGAGGAUGGACUUCCAUAGAGAUUUGGAGAUGCAGAAGAGGCAGAUUCUAGAGAGAGCUCAAGCUGAGAUUGUGAAAAUACGACAAGGAGAUGAAGAUAAUGAUGUGUCUGCUGAGAAUGUCAGCGGUUAAUGUAUCUUGUCAUCAUUGUAUUUUAUCCAGGGAAUUAUCCCUGGAUACAUUGUUGUGUGUGGGGAUUAUUGGAUGCUGGCAGUUGUACUAUAUCCACGGUUGUAACCCUAUUGGUCCUUGAUCUUCAAGGCAAUAAUACUGAGAUGAUGAGAACAUUUAUUAAAGUCAUAGUAAUUAAACUUUUUCUUAGUUC